AUGGAACAUGAGAUGUCUAUGCAAGAAGCAACAGAAAAAGACAAUAUUAGUAGAAUUCAUCAUAUUUGUCAACAAUAUUGGUGUACUUUGAAAAAAGAAAUACAGGAAUUAUUCACAUUUCAUCCUUAUGAAUGGCGCAGUGUCUUUCGAAGAAAUCCAAUCUAUCCAAUAUUCAGGAAAGGUGAUAUCGAUGGCCUAGUGGCAUUGUUUAUUGACAACAUGGCGACAUUGUUGACUAUUAUUCUGAGUCUUCAAUAUAUUUUAGAUCCGGAUAUUAUUUACGGGAAAAUUGCGCCUGGAGUGGCAAUUGCUAUGGUAUGGGGUAACUUCUAUUAUGUUUACAUGGCUCGAAAAUUAGCAUAUAGAGAGAAACGUGGUGAUAUAUGUGCAAUGCCAUAUGGCAUUAACACACCUGGAGCAUUUGCGUUCGUAUUUGGUAUUAUAUUUCCGGUUUAUUAUACAUGUAUCCGAGACAAUAAUCAUUCUAAUCAACGUGUGUGUCAAGAAUUAGCUUGGUAUACAGCAUUAGCUAGUAAUUUUAUAACUGGACUUAUUAUACUUCUCCUAUGUAUCGUUGGCGAUUUUAUUCGACGAAAUAUUCCUGUUCUAGCAUUACUUUCAUCACUAUCAGCUGUUGGUUUUACUUAUUUAGCCUUGGCUCAGUAUUUACCCAUUGCAGCUUCUCCUAUUGUAUCUUUUCUACCAUUUGGCAUUGUCAUGAUUGGAUAUUUCAGCGGAAUUAAAAUUGGUCCUUUUCCAAUAGCUAUUGUAGCACUGGUUGUCGGUACGGCUCUUGGAUGGUUAACGUCAUUGAAUAAAGGUCAAGAUGUCCGUGAUGCAAGUUUAGUAAUCAAACCUUAUGUGCCCGUGUUUCCAAUUCGAGCGAUCUUUGUUCAUAUUAGUCAAAUUGGUCCGUAUUUAUCGACUACAAUUCCUACGGCUAUAUCCAUUGCCAUUGGAACAAUACAAUGUGUUGAAUCAGCUAGACGAGCUGGUGAUCUCUAUCCAACCCGUGAAUCGAUGUUUGCUGAUGGAGUCGGCACUAUCAUUUCAAGUUUAUUUGGAUCAUUUCUCGGCAUGACCGUAUAUAUCGGUCAUCCAGCAUACAAGAAAAUGGGUGCUCGACAAGCUUAUUCAAUAAUCAAUUGUCUGAUUUAUCUGCCACUAUGCUUCUUCGGUAUAAUUGCGAUCUUUCUUCGAAUUAUUGCGGUAGUUGCUGUUAAUCCAGUCAUUAUUUUUAUCGGUCUCUUUAUUUGUGCUGAAACUCUGACUAUCACUCCACCACGUCAUUAUCCAGCAUUUCUUCUCGGUAUUAUGCCUGUCAUAGCUGACUGGGUUCGAGCGACUAUAAUCAAUGGUGUCUCAUCCGCCUAUUCAAAUUUUUCUAUCCCCAAUGUGCAAUUUGCACCAAAUAUUACAUCUCGUAUCACAGAUUUUUCGUAUCGAGGUUUGGAAAACUUCGCUGGUGGCAGUCUUCUUCAAUGUAUAUUUCUUACAGCCAUUCUGAUGUACAUAAUCGAUCGGAAGUUCGUUCGAGCAAUGAUUUGGUCUUUACUUGCCAGUCUUCUUUCAUUUUUUGGCUUAAUACAUUCAUCUACCGUAGGAGUUUUAUAUCGAACAAGGGAUGAUGGUUGGCAAUUUACAGUUGCUUACUGUAUGCUAGCCGUUAUUUUUGUGCUUUUUGAAGUGGCACAACGAAAAGGAUGGGUGCGUGAACCUGAAAACGAGCCGGAUGAUUUAUCGUCGGACGAAUGGAAAGAAUGGAAUAAGAAGAGAACUUUAAUUCCAUUGUCGAUCGAUCAUGUUACAUUGUAA